AUGGCAGCCGAGCGUGCGGGUGACGAUGCCAUGGCUGAGGAGCGUGCAGCGGAUCCCGCGCCGCCCGCGCCUGCUGAUCCAAUUGCCCAGCUGAAAGCGCAGCGUGCCACCUUAAAGAAGGAGCUGAAGGAUUGCACCAAGCAAAUGCGGAAUGAGGCCCGUAGAAAGCGACGAUUGCUCAAGAAAGCCGGCGACCUCACGGUCGAGGAGCUGACCUGGCUGAUGGUACG